AUGGAAAUGAAGGAAGUUGGCGUUAACAGAAAGUUGCAAUUGCAAGAACUUGAGGAGUUGAGGAAUGAUGCUUACGAGAGUUCACACAUCUACAAAGCAAAGACUAAAGCCUUUCAUGACAAGAUGAUCUCUUGGAAGAAUUUCUCUCUUGGACAAAGAGUCCUUCUUUUUCAUUCAAGGCUGAAGUUAUUUCUAGUAGAAAUCCAAAGUUUGACAACAAGCAAGGUGUUUAGGGUCAAUGGUUAUAGGCUUAAGCCUUACUAUGAAGGGUUCCAAGUUUGCAAUAUUGAGGAGGUGGGAUUGGAGGUGUUGAUACAAUGA